AUGGACACGAAUCUUGAGACUAUUGUUCACGAAGCUGGAAGGGCAUACUCAGAAGGUCGAUAUGAAGAUUCUCGAAUAUUGUAUGAAAAUGCAUUAGAAAAUUAUCCGAAUAAUGGGAUACUACACGCAAAUUUGUCAGCGAUUAUGAUAAAGAUUGGCUUUAACGAUAGAGCGAUAGAACAUUCGAAAAGAGCUGUUGAACUAUGCCCGAAAUGGGGAAAGGCAUAUUAUCGUUUGGGUGAUGCAUUUCGAGCAUCUUCAAACAUUUAUUGCUCCCUUAUGGCCUUUUGUCAUGGCGUUCGGAUCGACCCUGCCAAUUCGCAGAUGUUUCGUUGUCUUUCGGAGAUGAUCAGUCGCAAUUUCGAAAGUUUUCCAUGGCAACAGCUCGAAAUUCUAAAAUUGAAAAAUGACCCGUCGGCGGUUUUGUCAACAGUUGGAGAAUGUUUACUCGCACAAGGAAAAGCUGAAGAUGCUGUGAAAACGUUAGAAUGGUCGCUCGAAAUGAAUCUAAGCUCGAAAAAACUUCGAGAAUCCGUUUUAGGAGCGUUGGGAUCUGCAUAUUGUGGUCUUUUUAAAUUUCAAAAUGCUCUUGAAUGUUACGAGAAACAACUCGAGUUGGCAACAGAACUUGGUUCAAACCAUGAAAGUAUCAAUAUGAUCCGCGAAAAUCUCGCGUUUGCGGCAGAAGAAUGCCGAAAAUACGAAUUAGCUGCGCUUCAAAGAACUAUUGUAAUCGAUUCAGGAAAAUUGAAUCGGGAAGAAAUGAUUCUUGAAAAAAUCAAAAUUGCGGGAAUUUAUUCGAAAAUGGGUCAAAUCGCGGAUUCGAUUAUUAUUUUAAAGGACUGUUCCGUUACGUGUAACUCAAACAUAUCAAAGGAAACUCGAGAGCUGGUUUGCAAACGUUUAGGAUUCGCAUAUGCCGAUCAAAAUUUAUUCGAUAAAGCUAUUGAAAUUCUUGUACCCCUUUGUGAAAAAGGCUCGAAUGAUUUGGAGUUGAUCGAAAAAAUUAACAAUUGUUAUAUUGGGUUGGAUCGCCUCAAAAAGUCGAUUGAGUUUUUAAGAGAUAUGACCCAAAAUACAAAUCAAAUAACGAUGCUCCAUUCAAGUUGUUUAUUGUGUCAAUCACACAUUUUUGUUUCCAAUUUAACUGUUGCUUUGAAAAUUGCGAAAAGGGUUUUGCAGAUUUCUCGCAAUCGCGUUGAAUACAAAGUUUAUGAAGCGAACAGUUAUCGACUGUUGGCGAUUAUUUACGAUAAUCAGAAAGAUUUUUCGUCGGCAAUAAUUCUGUGGAAAAAAUUUGUUGAAAUAUCGAUGGAUGGGAGUGUGAAGGCAUUAUUAGAAAUUUCGCGAUUAUUGGGAAAGUGUUCGACUAAUGAAAAUGCAUUGAAUUACAUCAACAAAGCUAUUGAAAGAUCUCGAAAUUCAAAUGAGAUGAUCAUAUGUUUAUCUGCGAAGUAUCGAUAUUACCUUGCGAAUUCGAAAAAAUCGGAAGCCUUGGGAAUUUUGGAAAAACUAAAAACUUAUAUGAACGAUGACUUAGAUUCGAAGUUUAGAAGUUUAAUUUUCGAAGAUGUCGCUUUGUUUAAAGAUAUUGAUCAUGAACACGAUACAAUAAUUGCUUUGGAGCAAAGUUUGACAGAAGCUCAGGAUAGCAGUGAUGUAUACAGAGAAGUCGAGAUAUUGGAGAGAAUUGGAGUGAUAUUAAGUGAGAACAAAAAUUAUGAAAAAGCGGAAAAGUAUUACUGUCAACAAUUAGAAGUUGCCAGGGAGUUGAGAAAUGCAAAGCUGAUGGCAGAUGCGCAUGCGAAUAUUUGCAGGCUCAAAAUGAAGACGAAAUCAUUCGGCGAAGCUGCUGAUCAUGCGAAAUGCACUCUGACAUUGUUAAAAAUAUCAAGCAAUCACAGUUUGAAACUCGAAAUGCUUAUUAAUCUGGCAUCGGCUGAUUAUGAGAGGAAAAACUACGAGGCGGCUCUAAACGCAAUUGAAAAAGCGCUAUCUUUAGCGGACGAGUGUGAUUCGAACGAAUAUUUGGCAAAAGCUUGCCGACUUACUGCUGAUUUGUUCAAAGUAGCACAAGAUGAUGAAGAAAUGCUUCUCGAUAUUCUCGAAAGACAUCUGGGUCUUUUUGAAUAUGAAAAUUCGAAUGUUGACAAAUGUCGCACAAUUAUCGAUGUGAUCAAGCUAAAUAUCCGCUUUAUUCCAAAAGUGAUUCAUUUCAUUCAAUUGAUUAUUCCAAUUGUUGAAAAGCUUGAAGUUGAGGAAAAAGUUUGA